CCACUUCAAUCUCCAGGAUAUAAACACACAAUCAGACACCAGAGAGAAGAUCCCAAACGAAGGAUUUUACCUCCAUUGCCUGUCACAGGAGUCAUGACCAAGGAGAUUGAGGCUCUCAUGGUACAACAGAACGAGAGUUUCAGCUACCAGCGCUAUUCAGACAAUUACAUCAUGGACUCUUGGCAUUACAUGGAAAGCGGCGACCUCAGCACUAAGACGAAAAAUGAAGAUGCCCUCAACCUCCUGUAUGACAGCUGCAAGACUCCUAAAGACCAGAAGAUGACAUCGUGUGCUCGGGAAGGCAGCGUGUACAAAGCCAUGGAGAGGACCCCGAACAGUUCUCCUCCUGAGCUGGCGACGCUGGAGAACGCCCACAUCAUGAAGCUGCUUUCUGAUAACAUUUCUAUUAGUCACGCAAAGCAAGGCAACGACAGCUACACGGGUGACAGCUAUGACAAACAAGCCAUCAACAACAUCUUCGACUCCAUCCUGCUCACAGCAUCGCAAAAACCGUGGCAGCCGGACCAACCGUAUACGGAUCCUAACACUGAGUCUCUCACCUACAACACUUCUUUCGUGGGACAGACCAGCCCUGUAUAUUCAGAUUCAUAUUCGAAUUCUCCUCCAGAGAGAUACAGAAACGAUUUCCAGUUUCUACUCGGUGCCCCGCAAGCGUCCCAGCACAAGACCACGGAAAUACCCAUGGUGUACCUCAACAAGGGUCAGUUUUACCCCAUUACCCUGCAGGGAGUCGACAGCACCGCCGGUGUGCCGUGCAGCAAAGUCAAAACGGUGAUCAUGGCUGUCUUUGAGAACGACAAGAGUCCUGAGAUGCAACUUAAGUACUGGAACCACUGGCACGCUCGACAGCCGACCGUCAAACAGAGGGUCAUAGAUAUCGCCGACUACAAAGAAGUCUUCAGUGGAAUAAGCAACGUGGAGGAGGUGGCUUUCAAUGCGCUAUCCUUCAUCUGGAAUACAAACGAAGAGGCAAAGGUGCACAUCGGCAUCAAUUCUCUGAGCACUGAUUUCUCCUCUCAAAAGGGGGUCAAAGGUCUUCCUCUGAAUCUGCAGAUCGACACUUACGAUUACAGCACGGGGAACAACCGUCUCAUUCACAGAGCUGUUUGUCAGGUCAAGAUCUUCUGCGAUAAGGGUGCAGAGAGGAAGAUGAGAGAUGAGGAGAGGAAGAGAUCCAAGAGGAGAACCAAGAAUGUCGCAGACUCUAGUAACAACGGUUGUAAACAAGCCCUGGUCUCCAGUUCGGUUGGAAAGGACUGCACAUAUUUUAAGACUCUAGACGAUCACGUCACACAACCUGUUUUAUUUAUCCCCGAGAUGCACUUCAGCAACAUGCAGCGCUGCGGUCUGGUGCCCCCUGUUAACCUAGAAGAGAGCGACCGAAACUUAAUGAAACGCAUCAACUGCUACGGUGAUAGCGGCGAUCAGAGCAGCUCUCCGCCGAGCAAACAGCCGCGUCGAGAUGAGCAACAACAAAGAGUUCUGCUGUAUGUCAGACGAGAAACCGAGGAAGUGUUCGAUGCCCUCAUGCUAAACACGCCAACCCUCAAGGGCCUGAGAGAAGCGAUUUCAGAAAAGUAUGGCUUGCAAGAAGAUACCAUUGGGAAAAUCUUCAAGAAAUGCAAAAGAGGGAUCUUUGUGAACAUGGAUGACAACAUCAUCGAGCAUUACAGCAACCACUCGGCCUUCCUCAUCGAGAUUUCCGAAGUCAUUGUCAACCACUUCCAGGUCACACUUAUGGAGUUAUAAACGGCAUCGGACCCUUCUGGCAGCUUCUCCGUCUGCCCUUCAAUAAAAAAGCACAAGCAACUCGGAGCCAGAUUCGUGCCGUCGCCAUGGAAACGAAUGAACUCCCGUUUCAUCAUUUUCAGAUGUACCGAUAUUCAUGUUGUACAUACCAGUUACCUCUUUUAUACUUUUUUAUUAAAUAUUUUAUCUACAAUUAUUUUAUAACGUGAGCAAUUAUGAUCAACAAGGUAAAUUGUCUGUAAAUAUAAAUUGUACAUAGACAAAAAAUAUCAUAAUGUUGUGUGUUGACUUGAUUUUAAAGCCAUAUGUUAUUAUUUCAAUGAUAAACUUGCCUUUGUUAUGCUGCCUCUGCUGCUUACGAUAGGCGCAUCAUUUCUAAAAGACGAUGUGAGGCGGUUGUAUCGCUUAAUGCUCUGAUGGUGGUUUGCAUGUUUUUUUGUUUUUUAUCUUGACGCGUGUUACUUCAAUAGACUUCCAGUCAGGGUGCUGUAACUUUCAGCCUGCUAGUUUCACAUCUGAAACGCUCCACACAACCGAGAGCCUUUCAGACUUAUAAGUCGCACAUUUCCACCCUUAAAGGGCUGCAUAUCUGUCAGUGUUUUGCUUGCCAGGAUAUACAGUAAAAAAUUGCCUCCACACAUUUCGAAUCUGUGUGGCUAUAACGGUUGCGGGGACGACCGGCCCUUUUUCACUUCGACAUUAAGGACGUUCAGACAAAUAAACCACUGCUUAGGAGCUUGCCCAAACAUCAGAUUAAUGGUGACUUCAGUUUGUGGAUUUCGCUUCACAAAACUUGUACAUUUCAAAUGCUUUGUAUUGCUGUCAUUCAAUAUUGAUAUACUAAAGCUGUGUUUUCCUUUUUUUACUGCCUCUGCUUUUAAAAGGCAAAUAAAAUCAAAACUUCAAAAUA